GUGCCACUCCUGCUGGCCCUGCUGCAUGAGUACACAGCCAGCGACUCGCCCUGGCAGCCUUAUUUCUCCCUCUGGCAGGACUUCAGGAGCCUGGAUCACCCCAUGUUCUGGCCUGAAGAAGAGCGAACAAGGUUGCUGCAGGGCACGGGCAUCCCAGAAGCUGUGGACAAGGACCUGGCUAACAUCCACAUGGAGUACAGCUCCAUCAUCCUGCCUUUCAUGAAGUCCCACCCCAGUAUCUUUGACCCCAAGCUGCACACACUGGACUUGUACAAGCAGCUGGUGGCAUUUGUCAUGGCAUACAGCUUUCAGGAGCCUUUGGAGGAGGAAGAUGAAGAUGAGAAGGGGCCCAAUCCUCCGAUGAUGGUGCCUGUAGCAGAUAUUUUGAAUCAUGUGGCCAACCACAAUGCCAACCUGGAAUACUCCCCUUGUUUACGAAUGGUUACAACACAGCCCAUCAGCAAGGGCCAAGAGAUCUUCAACACCUAUGGGCAGAUGGCCAACUGGCAGCUCCUGCACAUGUACGGCUUCGCAGAGCCCUACCCCGGCAACACCAACGACACGGCCGACAUCCAGAUGGUGACAGUGCGCGAAGCAGCGCUGCAGCGCGCCGGAGGGGAAGCACAGCAGCAGCUGGUCUCUGAGCAGUGGGACUUCUUGUGCCAGCUGGAGAUGGUGGGGGAGGAGGGCGCCUUUGUGCUUGGCUGGCACGAGGUGCUGACAGAGGAAGAGCUGUCCAUGACCCUGAAGGUGCUGUGCAUGUCAGAGGAAGAAUUCAGGGAGUAUAAGGAAAAAGAUGGCUGGGAAGAUGACAGUGAAGAGGAGGAGAACUCUACCCUUUCCAACGAGGCGCUCUCGAGACUUAAAGCCCCUUGCAAGAAGCUGCUUUAUGACAGUGUGCUGCUGACCCUGGAGUCCUAUGGGUCAGACUUGAAAGCAGAGCAGGACUUGCUAAAUAACAAAGAGGCUUAUGAGAAACUGAGUCGAAGGGAGCAGCAAGCUUUGCACGUGCGCUAUGGACAGAAGAGGAUCUUGCAUCAGCUGCUAGAGCUGGUACACUAGAAACCUCACUGCCUCUGCAAGUGAACUGCCUGGAACUGUGCUGGGAAGGGACAGCCAGCCUUCAGCCAUCUCUACAGCAGCCAGAACAGAUGGCAGGUGGGAUAUGGGCCCACUUGUCCCUCAUAGCAGCUUUUUAGCUACCUCAACAUAAACAGGUAUCUUUCACAGCACAGAAGUGGGUUUGGGUGGCCUCAUCUUAGGAUGGGAGCUCUGGAGCACAACUACCACCUUCUUCUAGAGGACUUAAGAAUUAACACAAAUGGCUGUUUUGGGAAGGCAGACAUACACUGUCAGAGCAGCAAGUGGGUUCCCUCAUUUAGCAUGAGAAAUUUAAGGCAAGAACUGUUUGUCUAGAUGAAGAGGGCACAAAUCCAUCUGGUAGCUCUUACAGAGGUUCAGAGUAAACAUCUGGCAGGUGGAGAUGCUGACAGCAGUGAACUCUUCACCUACACUUAGUUAAUACUGAGCAUUUUAAAGAGUACAAGCCCAUCCAUCUGGUUUUCAUGGAGGCUCAGUAGAGCAAGGUAUUUAAUUUUACCUCUAUAAAAGGCAUGUCUGUACAGGCUUGAGACUCUUCUAAAGGAGCACUGUCACAGCUCUGCAGCUGCUGUAAGCUAAGCAUUUGAUACACACCCUCCAGUGAUAUGGUUCUUCCCAGAACUCCAGCAUUGCUCUGCAUCAUGUUUUUUCCCUCACCAGUUUUUGUGUGACAAAACCCUGGAGGUUUGCAGGCCAAGCUGUAUUUAAUAAAGACAAUGUUCCUUACCCAGCCAAUGCUGCCUACUUCAACAGGGUGCAAAGCCCCAUAUAUGAGGGGGGGAUCUUUGCUGCUUCUGCAGUUACAAGUAUUGCAAACAAGCAAAACCCAGGCUGUACUCACAGAGAUAAUGGUCAGCUACAGCACUACCCGCACUGCUGGGGGCCAGGGUGGUUUUAACACUACCUAGGGAGCUUUUUAGUUUCCCUUUUACAGUGGUGUAAUGCAGUGGCUGUUUAGAGUCCAGUUUGCCAUCCUCGUACUUCUGUCCCUGCAGCAGACUAGAUUUCAGGCAUACAGUGGUU